ACUACUGUCUUGCAUUACUUAAGUCAUUACUUCCGGGAAAGGAACGGAGCUGUAGUUGCACUUGUUUUCGCUGGAGCAUUUUAUUGUAAACCAGUCUGUUUUUGCAUCGGACUUCCUUUUGAAAGUGUGCAGGUUACUUUCGCUAAGAUAACCAGUUAGCCUCGCUUAUUAGCCACUUACGGAAGUAGAUUAUGUAUAUGAAAAUACGCCGAUAUUUGUUUGAGUCAGCUGGGUAUUACUCGUCGUUACAGUUAGUUGAUUUUCCUUCUUUUCAGCAAUCUCUAAUACUGUGUAUUUUCAUGUUACGUCAGGUGACCAAACAAGUUCUCGAGUACGUCAAAUAUGUAAAUAAAGCUCUCUGGGAAAUACCAAGAGACCCAACUACAGAGAUAGCUGAAAAGUUACGAACAGCUAUGAGCUAGUUUCGAUUUCUCAGCUGAGGUUAGUAACACAGACAACAACUGUGGCAGUUAUGGCGUUACAACAGAUCCUUGAAGCUUUAGCUACUAAUCUGAGGUGUUCGAUCUGUCUUGAGAUUUUUACAGAUCCUGUGACAUCGUCUUGUGGUAAACACAACUAUUGCAUGAAAUGUUUGAAACCUCAUCUUGGUAGAAAAGCGAGAAGCUGUCCAGACUGUAGGGAAGAGUUUCCAAAGAGCUACACACCACAGAAAAACGUAGCUCUCUGCAGUGUUGUGGGUAUAGUAAAUCGACCGACCUGGGAGGAAAUUUUGACAGGUAUCGAUCGUAAACACACACCGUUUUCUGUCGAGACGGAAGAAUUUGGAGACAGACUGGAACGGAAUGUGGAAAGACUGAAGAGGAAAUUAACCCACUUAACUUCAGAAAUGAAGAGCUUGGAAGAUGUCCUUUCAAAAAAGUUAAAAACCAGACAGCAAAGCCCAGCCCAUGCCUCAGUAACAAAGGACACUGCAAUUCAGGGGGACUUCGAGAGUUCAACUGUGUCAAAUAGUGUACCAGAGGCUGUGUGGAGUGACAUUGAUGAACUAUCCCAGCAGGCUCUGGUCAACAUCACAGACUGCCUCAGGGUAGGGCAGGACUGUCUAAGCAGUGCCAUAAGUCAGCUGGAACAGGUGGAUGUUCCAUCACAGGAAGCUGUCACGGGGCAUAAUGUGGUUGAUCUCUGGCUAGAGGCUGAGCUCCCAGCAGAUUCAGCCCCUGUUGCCCCUCCACUCCAAGAUGCUCAAAAUGCAUCUGAGCCAACUGACACUGCUUCAGUGGAGCCUGAAGGAGUCCCAUUGGGAGCGUCCUAUCCACAGAGUGUAGCAGCAGAGCCAGUGGAUGGUGCUGAAGGUGUGGGGCCAUCUGCUGGACCGCAUUGUUUGGAAUAUGUUUCCUUCAGUCGUGAGCUGGGGCACAGGAACCUGGCUGUGUCACCGGACAACCGCAAAGUGCAAGUGCGGAGGUCAGGGGGGGCGUCUCCAUUGCGGCAGGACCGCUUUGAUGUGAGCCAAGUGAUGGCGGAGCAGGAGUUCAGCAGUGACGUGCACUACUGGGAGGUGAACACAGCCGCUAGUGUGGGCUGGGCCAUCGGAGUCGCUUACUCUACUCUGGGGCGUGGAGACCUGCUGGGUCGCACUGAGUCUUCCUGGUGCCUGGAGUGGAGCUCCAAGAGGCUGUGCUUCUGGCACAACAAUAUGAACGAGCCCCUUAAACAUGGCUGUCCCAGUAAGGUCAGGGUUUUACUUGACAUGGACGGGGGCUCCUUGAGCUUUUACAGCAUGUCGGACCACCCGACGCUGCUGCACUGCAUACAGGUGCAGUUCACUGCGCCUGUAAGACCAGUGUUCUGGCUGUUUGGGCUGAAGUCUGGAAAUGCUUUGUCUAUCACUGUACCCUAGGUGUAGUGUAAAGGAGUGUGUCCGAGCGGAGAUGUGGUCAAGACUGAAUGAGGGACAACUGCAGACAAAAGUUUCCAGUUCGAAAACUUUUUAUUUUACUUUAGGCUACCGGCAAGGUUAUAAGCAUGCAGACACAAACAAACAAAGCACUUUGGCAAAAAGGGAAAAGAACACUGAGACAAUGCCCAUAUAC